AUGCAUUCUCUCACAUUCAUCAUCAUCAAUGGAACUUAUUGCUUACAAGUUAAUAUGUUGCUGGCAUCUUACCUUAUUGAUGAGUAUAAAUGUGGGUGUACACCUAACCCUGAUGUUCUUUGCAAUACAAGAUUCAAAUUUGGUGCGUUCAUGGAUACCAUCAGUAACAUGGAUUUUGAGUUUGUUGCUUCUGGACAUUAUGCAAAAUUUAUUCACCCCCUUGCAGAUGAAACCAAUGAGCUUUCAUUUCUUCAGCUGUCAAAGGAUAUGGUUCGACAUGGCCCUCUUUUCUAUGAUUGCAGUUUGCAUAUAGAAGAAAAGUAUGCUAUUGGCACUGUCCAGUUACCUGAAGACGAUCACGGUCUUGCAGAUGGCCAAUUUGCAGCUUUUUAUCAACAAGAGCUUUGUGUGGGGUCAGGGGUAAUUUUGGAAUCAUGGUAUGAUGCUAAGGGGUUUCCUGUUUCUGUUUCUGACAAGUGUCGUCAUAUUGCAAAAAUGGAAGAUAAAUCUAAGCUUGAAAGAAAACAAGAGCAGCUAAAGAAUGAAAUUAACCUAGAAGAAAAGAUUUUUAAUCUAUCUAACCGUAUAGACCAGUUAUUGUGUAUCAUUAGUAGUCUCUGCACUGCACACCAGGUUCUUGAGCAAUGGGCCAAAAGUGGUGGCAUUAGUUACAAUGAUUAUGUUGAGCUUUGUGCUAAAAAAGAGGCUGUCUCCGAGUUAGGAAAAGAGGCAAAGUUAGACAUGUUUGAGCUUCCUGCAAAGAUAAAGCUGCUGCCAGAUCCAUGGACACCUGAAUCCGGAUUAGUAACAGCCGCACUCAAGUUAAAAAGGGACCAAAUGAAGGCCAAAUUUAUGGAUGAUUUACAAAAGCUAUACGAGUGA